AUGGCGCCCGACCUCAAUUCCGUCCCUGCAUCUCCCCGCAAUGCAUCAGCAACCACCGCUCUGCCUACCUCCACACCCUCUCGACCACCCCCCUCCUCCCGCCAUUCCUCUCAGCCAACCUCCCGUCGAGCUUCGCAAAUCUUCCCAAUGAGCCCGCCGCCGCUUCCGCUAGCUACACCAGGGGGCACCAUCCCUACUUCCGCUCAAUUCACCCACCAUCCCUUCCCACCACUCAGUCCAAGCGUCAGCGGCACGAUCGGAGGCCCCACGACCGCUCACACGAGCGUAGAUGCAGCGGGCGUGCCCAUGAGACAUCCGCGCCCGCUGACGGCGGCGGAGUUGCAUCUGGAGCUUGAGAAGGAACAGGAGGCUGUUGUCAACCGCCUAACGCGCGAACUCUCCUCCCUGCGCGCCCACUCCGCCUCCGUCGCCUCGACCGCCUCCUCCGCCUCCGCGGCCCCGUCCGCACAUUCCUACCUCGACACCUCCGACCACCCAGGCGCGACGCACCCAACCUCACGCCGGCAGCGGAGCUCCUCGUCCGCCAGCCGCGCGGGGUCCGUGUCUGGCGGGUCGGGCUAUGCUGGAGCGGGUGCGCAGCAGAGCAUGACCCUGCCGAUCCGCACGCCUUCGUACUCGAGCAAUGUGCUUGCGACGCCGAGGUAUGAGGAGGUGGCGCUGCAGCGGCAGGAGCUCGAGGAGGCGAAGAGGGAGAAUGAGGCGCUGAGGCGCAGGAUCAGGGAGUUGGAGGCCGAGGUUCGGCGGAGGGGGAGUGUGGGUGGAGAGGCGAGAGCGUCGGGAGGUGCACAGAGUAGUGGUGCGAGUGGUGACGCGAGCAGGAGGGGAACGGGAGCUGAGGGGACUGAGGGUGGUGCUGCCGCUGCCGCUCCUGUCGCUGUUGGGGUGGCGGUGGGUGAAAAGAGGGAAUGA